AUGGAUGACGACAAUCGCGAUCGCGAUCGCGAUCGCAUCGAGCCCGUCCAGGACUACUUCUCCGGGAAUGCUCCAGAGGCUCACGCGGUAGAUUCGGCCCUUGAGAGACCACCAGCUGCGACUGUGCGGCCUCGAGCUCUAUCUAAUCGGUCUCGCCGGCCAAGUAUUCGCCUGUCCCGCCUGCCCUCGCUCUCCUCCUUGGAUACCGACCUCCCGCAACUACAAUCACAGCCGGAUAUCCAGCCCGGGCCUUCUGGAAGCAGACCUAUCGAGGUUCGGUCUCCUGUCCUUGAAGAGGAUGAAUCACCGCACACUGGCCGACGGCGCAGCAGCUCGGAGCCGCGACCCGGACGAUGGUCGUCCCCUCCCACCGAUGUCUUAUCGCGAGUGGCGACUCCCAUGCGUAUGAUGCCUUUGGCAGAGGAAUCUCGUAACAACUCUAUGACUCCGCUUCCCGGUUCAAGCGAAGCUCAAGAUACAGUCCCCGAAAAUGGCCUUGAACCUUCCGAGAGCCGCCCGCCUGUGACACAACCGGGAAGACUCCGGCGAACCAGUCAAGCCGCUCUGAAUCGUUUCUCUCGCAACCGCGCAUCCACUGUGACGGGGGCACCAACUCUCAAUAACACCGGCAACAACCAGGAUGCCAAGACAAAUGAAUAUGGAUCUCAUGUGGUUGACGUGCUGGACGUGAUCGACCCGGAGGUUUCGGCCCUAUCCACCCUGACCAAUGUCCAGAACUCCCUCUUCGUGCCGAAUCUGGGUGGCUUCAUCAAUCGAAUGCCAACUUAUACCAUUACGCGUCCACUCACAGAUGAAGAACAAACGAGCUCUACAGACGAAGGGGAGUCGGAUGGUGAUAAGCUCAAAGAACGGCCAACCCUUGACCAACUCCGUCCAUUCACUAGCAUGUCCUCGGUAUUAGUCGGCCCUCGAUAUGCUGUUUUGCCUGAAGGACACGCAUUGGAAGGUUGGACGAGAGAGGAUUUCAUGGAGCUCAACGAUCAUGUUCGCCACAUGCUUCACUCUCGCCGUUCAAAGUUCAAGAGAGCGAUGAAGGGAUUCGGGCAAUAUGUCCGGAAGCCCCUUGGCUUUUUUAUCACUCUGUACGCCACAUUGAUCACUUUGUUCGGUUUGGCCUGGGUACUUUUCUUGAUUGGUUGGAUCAACGUCGGUGGCAAGCAGAUCCAAGUCGUUAACAUCAUUGACAACAUCCUUGUCGGCUUGUUCGCUAUCAUGGGUGAUGGCCUCGCCCCUUUCCGAGCUGUCGACACCUACCACAUGAUUUUCAUCGCACACUAUACGCAUCUCACCUGGAAAAUUCGUGGCAAGCGGCAACUCCCCAACCUGAAGGACAAAAACGAUCUUCCGUCACAACGGGAGAAGGAUGUGGAUGAAGACGAGCACGAAUAUUCGGUUCUCGACGCCCGGCAACAACUCCGAUUGAUGCACCACCAGAACAAGUUUGCCAAGUCACACACCUUCUACAAACCCCAUGAAACUUUCACCCACCAUGCCUUCCCUCUCCGGAUUCUUGUCGCUAUCGUCGUCUUGCUUGAUUGCCACUCCCUACUCCAGAUGGCUCUUGGUGCCUGCACCUGGAGUAUGGAAGACCCAGGCCAGCGACCAUUCGCUUUGACUACCGUCAUCCUUUGCUGCUCAAUCACCUGCAAUAUCUCGGGUGGUGUGCUAAUCAUGAUUGGUGACCGAAGAACGCGAAAGAAGGAGAUUGUGGAAAGGCUCUUCCGGCAGCAAUUGACUGAAGAGGCCAUGCAAAAGAUGGAGCGACGCAAGGCCAAGGAGGAACGCAAGAGUUUGCAGAUCAACAGACCGGCGGCAUAUGAGGGUACCUGA